CUUCCGACAGCAGCCACAACAAGGAUCGGAAGAGGCGACAGCGAUGGAAGACGAGUGGGGUGCGGAGAGGGCGGCGGAGAUCGACUACGUGUUCAAGGUAGUGGUGAUCGGCGACUCGGCCGUCGGGAAGACGCAGUUGCUGUCGAGGUUCACCAAGGACGAGUUCUGCUUCGACUCCAAGUCCACCAUCGGCAUCGAGUUCCAGACUCGAACCAUCGUGCUCAACCGCAAGCGCAUCAAGGCCCAAAUCUGGGACACUGCCGGCCAGGAGAGGUACCGAGCGGUCACGAGUGCUUACUACAGAGGAGCUCUCGGUGCCAUGCUGGUGUACGACAUCACCAAAAGGCCGACGUUCGAUCACGUGGCGAGGUGGGUGGAGGAACUGCGAGCGAACGCGGACAAGGCCAUCGUCAUCAUGUUGAUCGGGAACAAGUCCGACCUCGCUGAAAAAAGGGCGGUGUCCACCGAGGACGCCGUGGAGUUUGCGGAGGAACAAGGGCUGUUCUUCUCGGAGGCGUCUGCACUCAGUGGCGACAACGUGGAGAGCGCGUUCUUGAGGCUGAUAGAGGAAAUCCAUGGAGUGGUGUCAAGGAAGGACUUGGAGAGCGACGAAGGCAGCAGAGACGGUGGUGGGAACGAUGUGCUGAGACUAAAGGGGAACAAGGUGUCGGUUCUUUCUGAUGUCUCAAUGAUGGAAACCAGUGCCCUGAGAAAAGGAACUCGGUGUGCUUGUUCCUGACAUGGCCAGGACGCAGAAAUCAUAGCGCCCAUGAAGAGGUUCGAGAGGAAAGGAAUGAAUGGUUGAUUGUGUUUUUCUCAACUGUUAGUCAAGUUUUCUGCAUAUCGAUAGUUUCAUUUUUCGCUUUAUGGACUGAGAAUAAAUAGUACGAAAGCAUCGUUACAUUGCAAACUCUGUUUCAUUAGUGUUAAUUGAUAAAUAAAAGAUGUGGUACCUAUCAAACGACAACAUAAUGUUGAUGUUAAAAAUAAUAAACCAAUGUAUAUACAUACACUUAGCAUUUUCCAAUUAGUAGAGUUAUUGAAAAAUCAAAAAAGAAAAAGAAAAAGGGAAAAUAAAAUGAUCAGAAGAAACAACAAAGGCUAACCGAUGAUUUCCUGGGUGGGGUUGAGUUGCUCUACUUUGGGUCUUCCCGGGUCAACUCACUCCGUCCAUUGGGUUGAAGUGCUCGACUCGCCUAACUCGCUCCAGGAUGACCCAUCCCUGGGCUUCUCGUCCUCGGCCCCCUCCUCGCCGAUCUCUGUCUCCGCCAGCUGGAACCGCCGACGUCCUCCACCGCGGCCCGCAACCAUGUCGUACACCCUCGCCUUUAAUUCCUCCGGCAAGCAUGCGUGAGGCGGCGAGGACGCGAAGUCAGGGACGCUCCCGGGGCCGUGCCUCAUGCCAACGACCACGUAGCCGUAGCCCGGGAGAACGAUGUUGUCGAUGAGGAUCGGGGUGGCGCUGCGGAGAAAGAGGCCGUCGAGGGUCUCUCCGGCGGCGAGGUGGGACUUCAUGCUCCGGGAAGAGGCGUCCGACUCCAGCGGCAACGACGACGACCCAAUUGGUGGAAGCAAGGGUUUUUUGGGCGGGGAUGAAAAUGGCGGUGGUGAGGGCUCGGCUGGAUCCGCGGGGCGUGAGGAUCGAAGGAGGGUUUUGGAGAGGUAGGGUUUCUGCAGGCGAGGAGACGAGGGUUUGCUUUGGGUUUCCCAGCGUUAGCUGCCGCCGUCAAAGACAGAGAGGCGGCCGUUCCUUCUGAACUCUAGAGAGAGACUCCCGUCCCUGGACGGGCCGAUACGCCGACAGAGAGGCGGGCGGAUAUGCAGCACGUAAAACGGGGCCCACACAAGUGCCAUCGAUUUUCCAACCAAAA